UUUUUUUUUUAACUCAAAAGGAACCGUUUCUGCUGUAAACAAAGAUGUUUGAACAACAUUUAUAAUGGAGCGCCAGCAGUGGAUAACAGAUAUCAUGUAUUUUCAGGCACGGUGUCGUGGAUACUUAUACAGAGACAAACUGAAGUCCAUUCAGAGUGAAUAUGAGGCUGUAGUUAAAGAACUGGAGGGGUCUGUCGACCACCUGAGCUGGACGGGUCAUUUCAUUCCCAAACCUCACUUUUCUAACCCUGACAGAGCCUUUUUCAAAUACAGACGGUUAAAAAGCCAAACACAGGGAUGCCCCGAGGUCACAGAGGAAGUGAAGAUACCUGGUGAAGGAUCCACCCUGUGUUCUCUGGAUUUGGUACCUGAGAGGGACGAAGAACCAAGCUGCAGUAGAGAGAGUGAAUGCAGACUGAACAUUGCACCAGAAGGGGGCGACACAGAAAGAACUAAGAAGCAGUGUGGGAGUGAAACAGCUCAUGUUUUAAACUGUGUGAGCCCAGAAAUAAGCAAUCGCCUACUGCAGAAAGGCCUGCUGAUGUGCUCUGUACUCACGGAUGUAGCACACACUCCAGAAGCCCUGCAGCAACACAGAAACACUCUGGCCAUGGAGCUGCUGUGGAUCCAACAGGCCAUCGCCAGCCGGAAGAAGUAUCUGAUGCUGAAACAGAAGAUGGAGAAGGUGUAGCGACUAAGAAGGACUAAAACGUGGAAAGAGUGGAUAAUUAAGUACAGGUUCAAUCAGAAAAGGCUGGGCCUUACAGGGACAAGGACUGAAAAAAAUGUGAAACUCUGGGAUAUUAAAAAUUUUUUUUUUGCAUUUUUUUCCCCAGUUUUCCUUCCAAUCUAGUCAUAACCAGUUACCCGAUUGCAUUAUGCUUCCUCUCCACCCUGACUGAGGAGAGCUGAGACUGACACACGCCCCCUCCGACACGUGUGCAGUAGCCGACUGCAUCUUUUCACAUGCACGAGACGAGUUCAUACGUGGAUCAGCUUUGUGUAUGGACAGCCAAACCACGUCAACCCCCUGUCUCUGUGCAUCAAUCAGCCAUUAGAGGUUGUAAUUGCAUCAGUUAUGAGGAAUCUCCUAGCGGUACCCUUGUUUGAACAAUCGUUGUUUGUGUAGACACACCACCUGCCAUAUGGCAGAGCUGAGUUUCGAACCGACAAAUUUGACGUCAGCUUUGGUGCGCUAGCAUGUGUUUUACCGCCACCACCUGAGCGCCUAUUUAAAACACUUUUGAUAUUAAAAUGUAACUAUGUGAGUUUUCUUCCAUAACGAUGACUUCAAUAAAUGUUAUUUAUUUAAAUACA